UUUUGCUCUAGCCCGAUCAAUGGUGAGAUCAGUUUACGAUUUGGCAUUGCAAUUGAAGGAUUUUGGUGAUGAGCUGAUGGCCAGGGAUGGACAAGGUUUUACUUUGGAACCGAUCACUACACCAUUUUUUCCUCCAUAUCUUAGUACCGGGGUAUUCAGGGCGGAUUUAUAUCUCAACAUGGAGGGAUUGGUGGAAGAAUUAAUGAAUUUGAAUCACAUGUUGAAUCAAAUUCGCCAAUGCCAAAUGGAAAUCAUUGCACUACUCCACAGAUUGAUUUGUCUCGGCAGGGUACUCCAAGUGAAGGUCGAGAGACUCCAACAGCAUUCUCUUCGCAGGGUCAAUUGAUACGAGGAUGGUGACUGAAGAGGGGCCAAGAGCUGACCACAGUGGCUUCCAAGUGGGAAUGAUUGGUCAAGGAUGAUUAAUUAAUAUAUUAUUGAUAAUUAUGAAACUUUAGAAGGCCUUGAAAAAAACAAACUUUUCUAUUAUAAA